CCCACCAACGUUCUCUUCACAACAAAACCAUUCCUCCUCCCGCCAGCAUCACGGGUAGGAUUUCCUCCAACCUUAAGUACUAGCUCAAUCCCGACGACAUCCGUUUCAAAUCCCCCGCCAGCCAACCCGCCACCGCUCCCCGGACAUCCCUCUCGUCGGCCAACAUGGACUUCGGGUCCAACCGGGUGCUGCAGGUGACCAACAUCGCGCCUCAAGCCACCCGCGACCAGAUGCUCACCCUGUUCUCGCACAUCGGACGCGUGGAAGAAAUCCGUUUGUACCCGACGGUGCGUGAUGCCGCCGUGUACGUGCAAGUGCGAUGCUGUUUCCUGCGAUUCGCCGACCCCAGCUCGUUGGCCGUGGCCCAGCAUCUCAACAACACGGUCUUCAUCGAUCGGGCCAUCAUCCUGACGCCCAUUGGCACAGAUUUGGUACCGGAUGAGCACACGGGCUUGAUCAUGGCCCAAGCGGGUGGGGCUAAACGCGAUAAUGGGCUGGGCGGGGAAGUCAAGAUGCCGCCCAAUGUGGUCAAUCGGGUGGAGGGCCACCAUAUUGUCACAUAUGACCCGAGAUUGGAGACCCUGAGUCAUCUACCGCCCUAUCCGCCGCUGCCGGCCCACGCCUCUAAUCAGGAGGUGGAGACCAUUCGGCGAACCAUCACCCUUUUUGGCUUGGAUUCGAGUGUGUCGGCCCAGCAAUGCAUGGAGGUGUUUUCCGCGGCGGGUGAGGUCAAGUUCUUCCGGUUUUGUACGCGCGAGAAUGACGCGGAGAAGUACGCUUUGAUCGAGUUCACGGAUCAAAGCUCGGUGAUUCCGGCGUUGGAGAUGAAUGAUCAACAAAUCGGCAACACUACCAUUAAGGUCAACCACGCGCUAACGUGUAUCUCCAAGCCCACCAACAAGAGUAAUGAGGCCGCUCAGAGGGAAAUUGAAGAGGCCAUGACCAAGGUCAAGGAGGCGCAAAGUCUGGUGUCGGCCGCCGUGGAUCCACUCAUGGGCAUGUUGAGUGGGAAUGGACGGAGUUCUCGCUCGCGAUCGCGCUCGCACUCUCGUCGACCGCGAUCCCGCUCUCGCGAUCGGGGUCGAUCUCAUUACAGUAGUCGGCGGUCACGGAGUCGCGAUCGCAGGCGCUCCCGAUCACGACGCCGAACCCGAUCCAAAGAUCGGAAGAGGAAGACGCGAAGCAAAUCUCGAGAUCGCAAGUCCCGUCGUCGUUCCCGAUCCCGAUCCAAGGAUCGAAAGAAGCGCUCCUCGCGAUCGCGUUCCAAAGACCGCAAGCGCAGGGACAAGGACAAAGACAAAUCCGAGUCUAAGAGGAGCAAGAGCGAGGAGAAGAAUGGCGAGUCGGGAAAUGGAAAAGAAAACGGCUCGUCGCGGGAUUCAAAAUCGCGGGUUCGGUCGCGUAGUCGCGAGAAGCGUCGAUCCCGGUCCAAGGAUCGAAAACGGAGUCGAUCUCGGGAUCGCAAACGGUCCAAGCGAUCGCGGUCCCGGGACCGAAAGAAGCGAUCCCGGUCCAAAGACCGGAAACGCUCCAAAUCGCGGGAUCGCAAACGAUCCAAAUCUCGCGACAGAAAACGAUCCCGCUCUAAGGACCGGAAAGAGAAGAAACGGAGUCGAAGCCGUGAUCGCAAGGUCUCUCAGAAUGACGGGAAAUCCAGUAAGGGCUUGAAACGGGACUACGAUCAAGAAGAGGCCGGCUUCGAAAGCCCGGACACGAAAGGGCGCCCCACCAAAACCACGGAAGAGUCCCUGGAAACUCAAGAUAUGGAGAUCUCGAACUCUCCUUGAACCCACCCUUUUCGUGCUCGCUCCAACUCUCCAACUACCUUGAGACACUAAAGGCGGUUUAAAGAAGUCUGAUUUGUAUUUACAGCUUGAGUUCAACGCCGCCGCAUCUCCGCCCUCGGAGUUCACCGUCUCUCCUUCUCACACACGCACUCCCAUACACUUACAAUCCUUGCUCGUCAUUCGUCAUGAUGCUGUUGCCAUAAUUGUUCUGCGAACUUAUCAUGCUCUUUCUGUAGACUCUUUUCAGGCUGGUGACACGCCCAGUUGGCUUAGUGACCCAUCAAUGUGAUGGUUCAACUCUGGAUAAGCAGAGCCUAUUCACUACCCUCUUAAGUGCGUGUGCGCCUGUGUCAACCCUCAUGCUGUCCAAAACAUCCACAUUGUCUCUUUCUAUCAUUGCUUUCUUUUUUUUUCUCUUCCAUGCAGAUUCAGACUCCCAAUGGAUCGGCAAGUUGAUUUCGCCUCUCAAAAAUCCAACCCCCCUCCAACGAAUUAACCUGCGAAGAACUCCAAUAAAGCAAAGUUGACAGCUCAAA